CAGGGCUGGACUGCCACUCUUCCUGCUAUGAUUCCUGGGCAGAUCCCAGAUCCUUCCAUGACUGAGGGCUCUCUGCCAGGGCUCGGCCCCCUGACCGGACUCCCAACCUCGACCCUGACUGCAGAGGAGCUGAAAUACACUGACAUCUACAACAUUGGGGCCAUGAUCGCCCCUUUGUUCUUCCUGGAGGUGAAACUGGGCAAGAGGCCUCAACCUGUGAAAAGUGAACUAGCUGAGGAAGAGAAGCGGAGGAAAAGGCACUGGGAAAAGAAGAAAGUGGCAGCAGCCUGGUGCUGGAACAAGAAGGAACUGCCCAAACAGGAAUCUGAGUGGUUGGAGCUCAUGAAUGCAGAGUUGAAAACCCAGAUGGAGGAGCUGAAGCAGGAGCAGCAGCAACUCAUCCUGAUGCUCAACUGGCAUCACCCCACCUGCAUCGUCAGGACUGAUAGCGUUAAGACCCCCAACUCAGAAGGCAACCCACUGCUGGAGCAGCUAGAGAAGAAGUGACCAUGGGCUGGGAGGAGGAAGAGAAGAAGGAGGAGAUGAGAAAAGGGAAGAGGAGGGUCCCAGAGGGCUCUUCCUUGCUGCAUGAAAAACUCUUCAAUGGGGCUCAGCACAGCCAGCAUCAACCAGGCUUUUUUGUGAAACUCAGAUCAGCCACGCCAGGGGAAGAAACUCAGGCUGAUGAAACCCAGGACCAAGCGC